AUGUCAAAGAAACUACCCACAACCUUCCAGGACGCAAAAAAGAUCUUGGGAAGUGUCUACCCGGACCUGAUGGUCCAUGUCCAUCCAAAAGUCAACCAAUUAAGAACCAAUCUAUUAAACCAAAAUCUUGAUGAUAAAGAUCCAAAGGAAGUUGUUAGAUCAGUCUUGAAACCUUUGGACUUUGAAGAUUCAACUAAAACUGAAAGACAUCCACUAUCGAAAUCCUUGGAGAUGCUACCAGUAAGACGUAUACACAAGUUGUCUAAUGUUCUUUUAUUCCGUUCAAGAAACCAACUAUUACAUAAAUCAGAUUUCCAAAAACUUGCACCAAAGGAAACUUCAGUGUUUGAUUUGAUCAAAGAACAUGAAUUCAAAGUUAGACGUGGUAGAGCUAAAGAUACACUACAGGAGAGAAUGGGGUAUUACUUAAUAUUCAAAUCAGUACAAGAAGCUGCUGCUUUCAAUGUUGAUACUUUGGGGAAACUUUUAAAUGGUGUGAAUUUUUAUUUGGAAAUGGUUAAUCCUGCAAAAGAUAACCAUUAUUUCAAUUCACCUUUGUUUCAUGAAACAUACAACAUGGAUGGUGAUGUUGUGGAGUUGCAAACUGAAUAUCCAAGAGAAAAUUGUGUCUUGUUCAGAGGCCUUCCAAAUUUUAUUACAAAGGAAACAAUUAGUAAAAUGUUGUAUGAUUAUUCAAUUGAUUAUAUCUCUGGUGGGAUUACACCGAUAGAGAUUGAUAAUUUUGCAAAACUUGGAUCAUGGCUUGUUAAAUUUGAAACACCAUUAGAUGCUCAAAGAGUUGCUCGGAACUAUAAUGGUUAUCACCUUAAUAAUAACCCAGACUAUCCGAAGAUUUUUGCAACUGUCCUCUCAUAA